ACGUGAUUUCUGAUGAACAUUAAAUUUAUUUUCUCUGACCGGAUUACAGUCUAUUCCAUUAUUUCAUUCUUUGUGUUACGAGCAAUAAAGCCAUUACUAUUUGCAGCUAGUUUUACUCUUUAAAUCUCAGGCAUUCAUUAUCGUAACUAUUAUUCUGUGUAAUAAUGUUUUUAAUUUUAUUGUGUGCAUUUGGUGCUGUAAGUGGUGUUGUUGGAACGGUUCAUCCUCUUUCUGAUGAAUUCAUCGAUUCCAUAAACAAUAAAAAUACAACAUGGGUUGCAGGACGAAAUUUUGUCAGUGUAUCAAUGUCCUAUAUUAGACAACUUAUGGGAGCACUGCCAGAGCCUCCAAGCCAAAAAUUAAAAGCAAUUACGCAUAAAUUAGAAGAUAUACCAAUUAGCUUUGAUUCAAGGGAACAGUGGCCUGAUUGUCCAACAAUUCAAGAAGUUAGAGACCAAGGUUCAUGUGGCUCUUGCUGGGCUUUUGGGGCUGUUGAAUCAAUGUCCGACAGAGUAUGUAUUCAUUCUAAUGGGACAGUUCACUUUAGAUUCUCCGCCGAUGAUCUUAUUUCAUGCUGCUGGCUUUGUGGAAUGGGAUGCAAUGGUGGUUUUCCCGGUGCUGCCUGGCAUUACUGGGUGAGAACAGGAAUCGUUUCUGGAGGAAGAUAUGGAUCACAUCAGGGUUGCCGACCAUACGAGAUAGCUCCAUGUGAACAUCAUAUUAAUGGUACGCGACCUGCUUGUGAUUCUUCGGGCCAUACGCCACACUGUAAAGAAAAAUGUAGUGACGAAUACAGUAUCCCUUAUAAACAAGAUAAACAUUAUGGAAAGGUGGCUUACAGUGUUAAUUCAAACAGUAAACAAAUACAAAUGGAAAUAAUGAAAAAUGGACCUGUCGAAGCUGCUUUUACAGUUUAUGAAGACUUGCUUCAUUAUAAGAGCGGUGUUUAUCAGCAUGUUCAAGGGAAAAUUUUAGGUGGUCACGCAAUACGAAUAUUAGGAUGGGGCGUAGAAAAUAAUGUUCCUUACUGGCUUAUUGCCAACUCGUGGAAUUCUGACUGGGGAGAUAAUGGAUAUUUUAAAAUACUUCGAGGACAAAAUCACUGUGGAAUUGAAGACUCCAUUUCUGCUGGUCUUCCAAAACUGAGUUAAUCUGUAAUAUUGUUAAUAUAGACAUCUAGAAAGAAAUCAAUGUGAUGUUUUAAAUUUAUUUUUAUUUUGUAUAACAAUUCCUAGAGGAACCUACAUAUAUUUUAGUUUUUAAUACCAAUGAUUGUAACUUUUUUGACUUGAAUAAUUAUAAGUUAAAACCAGGGACCAUAACAUUACGUAAUUAUUCAAAUUAUAGAAAUGACCAUGCUUGUAUUUCUGUUGUAUACUUAUCUAAAACGGGAACAAAGCGGGUAUGCCAUUAUCUGCAUAUUUAUAAAAUACUAAUGUAUACUUAACAGUGUCAGUCACGCUAUAAGAGAAUAAAAAGUACGUUUUUUUAAAACUCUGA